AUGUCUAUAUCCAAGUUAGAUUUCGCCAAACUAACCGACCAGGCCCUUAUUUCAGACUAUGUCGCCGCUCAUAAUAUACCUCACGCCGUCGCAUUCCAUAGGGGCACCUUUGAUUCGUAUAAUCUGCCUGCAGUCACGAAGCAUCUCUUCCCCGCAACAUCCAAUCCUGUCCCGAUUCCAUUACUUGCCAAUCAUGUGUGGGUAGCACAACUCGACGGAAACUGGAGACUUGAGCGGUACUCUACCGCCGAGACAUUUCCUGACCCUCCUGAAGGUGAUGUCGAAGACGACGAUUCGGUUCCUAUGUUGAACUAUUACCCGCCUGACGGCCUCCCAGUCAACUCUAGCGUUGACCUGUUCGACGAGGCCCGCAAGCUAGAAGAUGGGAGCCUAGCUCUGGAAGAGGAGAGAGCGAAGACUGCGUCGCUCAUGACGCUUGUUACAAGCAUCUGUGGGAAGGCGUACGCGGAGAAGAUCAUGCGGAUAGUGAAUUUGGUAGAAACCAAUGAUGAUGCUAGCGAUCAAGAGAGCGGCGGCGAGUCUGGUGGCAACAUCAAAAGUAGCAAUAAUUUCACCCAGAAAAGGCUCCAGCCUUCUCCGUGGCGAGCUGGGAUAAAUAAGGCGCAGUUCGGUGAUCUGGAUUGGGCGACAAAGAUGAAGGGAGCCUCAGACACUUUGAUAGAGGACGUGUACGCCGUACUGAUGCCUCCUCCAAAGUAUGUCAUUCGCUCUGUCGUGUCCACGGUGAUAAAUGUCAACAGUUUCCUUCCCCGUAGGGCCACCAAUGAUGCAGGACAAUCUGACACGUCAGAGGCUUCGACUUCGACAGCAAAAUCUCCUCGAAAGCGCCCCCGCUCCUCUGAAGACGAAGACGCGUGUACCAGUCCCAAGCGGGUCAAAACUGGUGUCGAAGAAGGAGGUCGUGCAGAAGCACAAGUCGAGUCUUCCCGCGCCGCCGCAUUGCAAAGACAGAACCGUCCCCGACUCAGAGAUGACUCCCUUGAUGACAUACACAUAAAUACCAGUCUCAAAGGCCAAAUUAUUGAAGAACGCUUUCCCGUUGAUUUGGACGAAGAACCGUUGAAUGCUGCUACGUCCGACAGUCCUCGCUUUCCAGGCGACCUUCUUAUUCCAAUUUUCUUCCCCAAGGCCCUCAAGAAUCUCGAAGACCUAGAAAUGUAUCCCCCCUGCGAAGCCCACAAUCCCGUAGCUCCUCCCCCACGGGCAUCAGACAGUUCCUAUUCCAAUCCCGGUCAUGCGCGCCACGUAUUAAGACAUGUCUAA